AUGAAGCCUUCCUCGGGAUUAAGAGGACUCUUAGUCCUUUUCUCUUUGACAUGGACUUGUGCUGGAGAUUGGUCAGCUAUGAAAGUACGCUGCAGCUACUUUUGGUUCUAUGCAAAGAUUAAACCCACACUAUUUCACAAUUUGUACAUGAAUCCUGAUGAAGCAUUUUUAGGAGAUGACUGCCCUGUAACCUACGUUUCACCAGAUGCUCAUUAUGAAUUUUUCUACUAUUCUAAUAAAUGUGGCAUCGUAACCAAAACUUUCCAGGAGACUCUUCUGCUUCAGACUAAAAUCAAGUAUCUCUCAAGUAACUCCGGAGACAUGGCUGAAAUGCCCGUGUCCUGUGUCGUCACGAAGCAAGCAUGCAUGUCUCCUUUGUCAAAUGAAACUGAAAGUGGAGAUGAUGAAACCAGCUCUGAAGACAUGGAAGUUGCUUACGUAUUGCAGUCACAGAAUAAUCUGAAUGCUAUAUUCUCUCUGUGUGCCAAAUGAUGUAACUUACUAGAAGAGAAGAAAUGAGAUCUGUGUUCAAAGGCAACUUCUGAAAUUGACUGUUUAGGACUGAAGAUUUAGUGUGCUGUUUUAAAGAAAUCAGAGAAGCUGGCAUGGAACUGAAUGAUACCCAAUUGUCUAUUUCAAAAGUCUGAUUUUUGAUUUUAAAUCAAAUGGCAUGUUACCUUCUUAUCUUUUUUUUUUUUUCCCGAAAAGACACUACCCCUGCUUUUAACUCCAUGGAGACUUAUUUAUGAAUAAAGUGUGUUCUAUUACCUGUC